UUUCAUUAGAAUGUUUGGUACCGUUUCAAAACAGAGUUUAGAGCUUUCUCAUAUUUCGAAAUCAUUUCUUCGGAACAAAUUGAAUAAGUAUAAGUACUUCUAUUAGGUACAAAUUCCGUUACUUUAGUUUCACGUGGUAGAUCAACAAAGCCUUUUCAUCAGCUGGAUACCCAUUAUUAUGCCAAUAGCUAAUUCUCGACUAGAACGUUUACAAUUAAAAAAGCUUCUUCAGUGUAUUAAUGGUAAAGAUUUAGAUCAGAUCAAAAAGUUAGUUGAACAUGGAGUUCCAAAUAUUAUCAAUUACAAUGAUCCAGAUAAUGGAAUAACAGCUAUGAUUUCAGCAGUAAAAUCUGAUGACAUUAACAUAAUUGAAUUGCUUCUUUCACUUGGUGCAUGUACAGAUAUUGUAGAUUUUGAUGGUAAAACUGCUCUAAUGAUAGCAGCUGAACUUGGAUAUGAAAAUGUAUUGAAGAAACUAUUAGAGAAAGGCCCCAACAGGGAUGCGAAUGACUUUCGUGAAAGAAAUGUUUUGUUUUAUUGUGUUUCCCCAACAAACUCACAUUUAAAAUGUCUUAGCUUACUACUAGAUAAAAAUAUAAAUAUUGAUAAACAGGAUGUUGAAGGACAGACAGUAUUACAUAGUGCAUGUAAGAAGUCGACUGAAAAUGAAAAACUUAUUCUGAAACUACUAAGUCAUGGUGCUAAUCCAAACAUUCGUUCGAAAACUGGGAGAACUUCACUGAUUGAAGCAUGUGGAUCAGGUAGCAGUAAAGUAGUUGCUGAAGCUAUCCGCGCUGGAGCAGAUAUGAACGCUUAUGAUAACAAUAAACAAACUGGUGCUCAUGAAGCUGCCAAAAAUGGUCAUUUAAAAGUUCUCUUUGUAUUAUCUGCAUAUGGUUUUGACUUCAAUGUUAUUGACAAUGAAGGAAACAAUCCAUUGCAUAUGGUUGCUAAGAUAAAUGAAAUGUGCUGUAAAUUUCUCGGUCAACGAGGUUGUGAUGCCAAAAUAAAGAAUACAAAUGGGAAGUUACCACGAAACAUUGCAACUGAUGAGGCGAAAAAGCUGUGUGUGAAAGAAUUGCGUAAACUUGAGCGUGCAACGAGUAAAACAACGGUUAAAAACGCAGAACCCUGGGCCAUUCGUUUGUAUGAUUGGUCAGUUGUCUUUGAGGCUGAGCUAACAGAACGAUUUACUGAAAUUGGACAAAGAUUAACCAGUGAAUUGGAAGUAGGAAGAGAAUCGAAAGAAUCGGAUUUCAGUGAUUCAAGAGAUUUGAACAGUAGAAAUGAUUUUCAAGCCAGUGAACAAAGUUUAAUCACAGCAGUCGGUGAGGCAUCAGCUCCGUUACUAUCUGAUCAACCCAGUUCCCAAAGAAGUACCAGUAGAAAAAGGAAGCGUUCCAAACACCGUAGUACCAGUCGUUCUAAGUCUAGAAAAGCACCUAUAACGAGAAUCCCAGUGGAAGAGUUCACAUCAGUAAUUGCUUCAUUGGAUGGACCAAUCAAUGAUAUAGUUGUUAAAAAAUUGUUAGCGUUGCAUGAGAAGAACUCAGAUGGGUGUAUCGAUUGGAAAGAAUUUUUAACAGGCAAAAAAUAUUUGAACAAAAACUACCUGCUAUCGGCCUUUGAGAAGAAGAAAGGGAAAAAAAAGAAAAAGAAAGGUGGAAAAGGUGUAAAACGCAGGAAAAUACCUAUGGAUAUUUGUGUGUUGCCAUCCGAGGCAAUCUAUCGUCGUGCAGAUGGCGGUCCUCCAAUAAUGUACAUUCCCAAACAGAUCCAUCAUACUGAUACAAGUCGUUUUGAUGCAGAUCAUCCACCUUCACAUCCUCUCCAAGAUGAUUCCGCUUGGUAUUUAGAUACUCCAAGACGUCAGUAUAUAAGUUUUCAUGCUGCAGCUAUGCAUAAUGAUUUGGAUUCCAUUCGCCUAGCCUUAUCUGAAGGAUAUAAAAUUGAUACACGGGAUAAGUUUUAUAAAACACCUCUAAUGGUUGCUGCUCAUCAUGGUAAUUUAGAUGCAGCUAUUGAACUUAUCAAACUAGGAGCAGAUGUGAAUGCACGUGAUAAUUUUCGUUGGACACCAUUACAUCAUGCAGCUCAUUCAGGGAUGAUUGAUAUGGUUGAAUUAUUAUUAAAUAAUGGUGCAAUAAUUGAAGCUAAAGCUUUGAAUGGUGCAACACCUUUAUUUCGAGCUAUUGAGUGUUCAAGGCUCAAUGUAGUUGAUUAUUUCUUGUCUAAAGGAUCCAAAUUAUUUGUAGAAACACGUAAAGGAGAGAAUCCAUAUGUUGUAGCACUAAACUGGUCUGAUCCAAGAGUAAUAGAACAUGUGCAUGAUAAAUGGGAGUUAGCGCAAGAAGCUGCUGAAAAGCAGAAGAAGCAAGGUAGCGCCAAACGAAAACGACCAGGCACAGCCAGAUCAACUGCCUCAAGUAAACGUGCAUUAUCUGCUAGCAGAAAAUUUCUCCCACCAGAUAAUCUACCUGGUUUAUAUCCUAAUUUAUUAGAAAAGCCUUUUGAUUUAUCCAAUUUAAUCAAACACACACGUUCAUUGGAGAAAACACUCAGUACACAAGAUAUACGUAUAUGUCCCCGUUAUCCUUGGCUGCUUAAACCCAGUCGUGAAGAAAGAUUAGCGAAGUUAGCUGAAACACGUGAACGAUAUGGAUGGGAUUAUGGUUUACCUGGUGUUCUAUUACAUCCAUUUGACAAACAUUUAGCUAGUCGUUUUCAAGAUAUUGAAGUUGAUCCGCAGCAGUAGUCCUCUUGUUGACAUUUUUUACCAUGCCUAACGAUAGUGAAAAUAAAGACAUACCAGAAUCUACUCAGGCUUGAUAAUGAAAUAAAUCAGUACUUUCUUA